AGUAUUUUGGUCGGUCCCCUUAACAGUUAAGUGUCUAACUAUACAAAUUCAUUCCACCCUCUUUGUAACUAUUCAAGAGUUCAAUUGGAUUGCUCUCUGGUGAACGCGGGAGCCACUGUCUUGAUUUUGCAAUACCAAAUAUAUGUGUCGCAUGGUAGGACAGUCAUCUGCAAAAAUGGAAUCUUGACCAAAUUCUUGGUCAAACUAUCUUCGACGGAAACAGGACCAUAUUUUACUCUAGGUCUAAAACCAGCUUCAUGCAACCUCCUUCUGAUUGUAGACAGACUUUCAAUGGUUCCAACGUCAACAUGAAGUCUGGAUGUACAGAAUCUUCGGCUUCGUUUGGCAGAGAUAAUCAGAAAUCAAAAACCAGUCUGGUCGUAGCAUGUGUGAAUGUGAUCAAAUACACAUAAUGUGUAUCUAAAAUGAAGGAUUAUUUGACAUGUUAAGUCAGGUUGCAAUUUACGUCUUGUAAAAGUCAUGUAUUGUCAAGUAGAUGUUGUCCCUACUAACGAAAACAAAACCGUACACAAAAAUUGGAAAUAUUACGGGCCAUUCGAAGUGGUCAUUCACAACUCAGAAUGCGACUGCUGGGUCUCAUUUCUAGGAAAAGUCUUCGACAUAACUCCAGUAAUAUCAAAACAUGCUGGGCAAGAUACCAUCAAACCCCUUCUGGCGAUGGCCGGCAAGGAUAUAUCACAUUGGUUCGAUCCAGCCACCGAAGACAUCCAACAUUACAUUCAUCCAAUAACUGGAAGUUACGUACCUUAUUUACCACACGGAGCGAUUCCAGACAUACAGCCAAUUGUUCCCAGCACCGAGUGGCGACCUGAAAGCAUUCCUUGGUGGAAAAACGAAGAAUAUCAGGUUGGACUGUUGACUAAGCGUGUUCGGCCUAUAAGAAUCAUAAAUAUGCUGACACAACAAGAGGUCCUUAUAAAUGUUUGCGCCGAAGACACGUUCUACAGAAUUGCCGAAAGAUAUUCACCAUUUUGUCAAGACAGCGACUCUUAUGCUUGGAGACAUAAUGACAAACCAAUACGUAUGAACAAGACUCUGGAGGGUAACGGGAUUUACGACGAAAGAGAUCAGUUCUGCGAUGUGGGCAUUCCAGCCAAUUUCUAUGUGCCUAGCAUACUUCUAUAUUAUCAAGAUGAUUUCAAACACUUGUCGGAUGAUAGAGAUUCUGACGACGAAUGUGAUUUUGCGAGGGAGAAAAUGAUCAAAUUAAGAGAUUAUGUAUCUCAUAUAUGGUCAGAAAUGCCAGGAGAGCUUGAAUAUCUUAAAUCGCUUGAACUACCAACGACUGACACUCCAUACGACCAUAGUGUAACAGAAGACAUCGUUGGAAAGGUACCCGGUUAUACAACACCCGAUAAUAUCAGUAAACAUUCUACGGAAACAGAAAGUCGACCAAUGAUGUCAACAGUUGAAGAAAUUACAGAAACUGAAAAGACUUAUACCAAGGAAUAUCUAGACACUCAGGUUACUGAAGAUCAAGUGACUGAACCAAAGGAUGAAGAUAUAGAACAAGAACAAGCCGAACUUCUAGAGGAACUAACUGAACUACUUGAAAAACCAACUGAGCCGAUACUGGAACAAGUUGAAGCUUCAGAACCAGAAGGACAAACUGAAGCAACAGAAGUCAAACCGGAAACAAAAGUGGAACAAGAAAUUGAACACCAUCUAGAGCCAGAAACGAAACAUGAAGCACCAGUAGAAUCUCCAGAAGCAGCAGCAGAUAAACGAAUACAAUUCGAGGAGAAAGAAUUGCAUGUAAGUGAAUUGCAAGAAGAAAUGGCGGAAAUUAAACCAGAGGAAACUAAACCGGAACAGCAUGUAGCGGAAGAAUCGGUGGAAAGUGAAGUACCAGGGACUUAUGCGGACCAUCCAGUGGAAGAAGUGGAGAAACAGACAAAGCCAACUGAGGAAGCGUCAUCGGAAUAUUCUGUAGCACCUGAUGACCAACUGUCAAGACAAGAAUAACUAUUUUAUAUGUUAUACUAUAUUUUACAAAUUAUAUGUGUUAUAUUAUUAA